UCUCUCCACCCCAAUUCCUCUCACCAGGAAAUUCCUUUUCAUCCUGGAAAAUGGGCUCUCCUUCAACUGAGUUUGAGGAGCUAAGACAAAAGGCGGAGUCUCACCUUGUGUCCACUGGCUCGGCCCAGGAAGUGAAGGCUUAUGUUAUGAUGCUGGCUGAGACGGCUCUUCCUCUGACUACCAAAUAUCAGCACAUUGACACCAAAACCCUGCUGUUGGAAAAUACUGCUGGACAGAACAGAGAAGAGGCUUUGGACUCCUUGGGUAAGAUGGUGAAGGCACUUAAUGUUCUAGAGAAAUACGGCUGUAAUUUAACCAAUCCCACCAGGCCCAAGUACUGGCGCAUUGUAAAGCAUAACAACCCCAUCUUCAGGAGCACAGUGGACGCCAUGAAGCGUGGAAGGGAUGUGUUGCAUCUCUAUGGUUACACCACUCAGCUUCCGGAUGGCCUCAGCUAUCCAGAUGAGGUCACGGAGCCAGAUAUUCGAAGAGUUGCUGCAGUAGCCAUAGAGGUCAUGGUGUUUCGGGCAGAGCUGGACUUGCUUGUCAAGGGAUCACACCCACAUUCACGGUUCUUUGAAAGUAUUUUGCCUUUUCUUGGACAACAAAAACAUGAGACGGAGGGGGCAGGGAUCACAUCAGAUGCUGUUAUAUUUCCUUCCACUAAAACUGAGGAGACGAAGUCUGAGCCUCCUGCC